GGUGCCGCUAAAUACAGCGAUUUCGACGUCACAAUUUGCGAGAUAAACGGCAAUCGCGCCGACCUGUGAGAGCAGCUCGAGCGUCAAAAGCUGGCCAAGCUCGACCCACCAAAGGAGCAAGUCUCGAGCAUACGAUGAAGCCCAAAAAGGAGCCUUCAGCCGACAUUGGGCACUCAAAGCAGCUCAAGACGACCUCUCACCGAAAGUCGGGUGACACCGAUUUCUCCAACGACCAGUCCCAGAGGGUGCAGCAGCAAAUAGCAGAGAUGCAAGCCCAAAUGGCGAUGCAGCAACGCCAGAUCCAACAGCAAUCCAUUCAGCUCCAGCAGCAACAAAGGCACAGCGAUCAAGGUCAUCAGCAGAGGGUUGGCCCUUUCCUCGGCCACUUUGGCCAACCACCUGGUACGCCUCAGCCAGGCAACGAUCCUCAGCAACAAGCAUUUCAGUCACCAUCAGCCUCGAGUGUGAGCUUCCCAUACCAAAGCGCAGCGCAAUAUUCCCAAUUGCAGCAGCGGAUGCAGCAGUCUCCUCAGCAGCAGUCUCACUCGCAGCAGCAGCAGCAGCAAUUUGGACCAUCAGCCAGCGGACCAAGCUUUGCUCUCGGCUCUCAGUCCCUCGAUGCGGGUCUCAGCAACGGAGGCAUGCGCUCGUUUGGUACCGGAGCCAACUCGGCAGCCGCUGGAAUGAGCGGACAGGUGCCGUUCAAGAACGCUGAGCUGGAUGCUUUGGUCGCUGCCUACAUGAAUCAAAGCGAGUCUUCCGGCACUGGCGCAAUUCGACAGCCGGUGACAGCGGGCUCCGGCUACACGAUCGGAUCUCGCAACCCCUUUGCCGGACAGCUUGAGGGGAAUGCAGCGGCAGCGGUUUAUGGGCAGAUCGGCUUGGGCACUGAGCCUCACUGGGCUCGUGGCACAGGCGGUGGAGACGAUGCAACGAGGAGUGGUGGGAUUGCGCUACAACAACAGCAGCAGCAGCAGCAGCAGCAGCAGCAGCUCCAAAUGCUUCAGCAACAGCAGAUGCAGCUGCAGAUCAUGCAAGUGCAGCAGCAACAGCAACAGCAACAGCAACAACAGCGAAUCGAUGACGUCGCAUCCGGAACAUCAGGCUCUUCAAGAUCCCGACCUCCCUUGGGUCUCGGUCCAUCUGCCAUGCAGAGUGGAGGCUACGAUGGAGAUGGCAGUAACCUUUCCUCAUCGGCAACGCCAGGUGGCACGUCGAGCGGCGAUGACGGCUCAGGCAAGAGACGACGAAUGACUUUCGGUGGAUCUGGAAUCAAUUCCUCUUCCAAUGCUUCUAGCAAUCACGCUGGUCUCCCACAUCAGCCCGCAUCCGCUCGCUUGCCUCCCUCCGACUACGUUGGAUCCAUGGGACCGCCGCAAUUGACAGCCCCGCCAAGUCAGCGAAGCUCUCAGGUAGUGAGCCAAGAUCAGCAAAAAAGCCCCAUUACCCCAGCGACAGCGCGUUCUCUCGCGGCUUCUGCUUCUGCAGCCGCCACUGCAGCCGAGUCCUCGCACGCAGCUCUGGCCCGCCACAGGAGGGUGUACAGCGGUGACGUACAUGGCGGUGGGGGUCCAAUGCUCACCUCUAAGACAAGUCAUGGGAGUCCGGCAAGAGGAGACAAUGCAAUGGAUGCCCAUCCAGGCGACCUGAGCAACAUUUCCCCUCACAAUGCCUUCUCACGCUCCACCAGCUUUGCUACUCAGAACACACCGUCGUGGCUAGGCUCCGCCUCUCGGCCCGUGCUGAAUACGUCGGGUUCGAUAGGAGGACCUGCGCAUCCUUCGAUCCAAGGCCACGCUGCGUCUCAUCCGCCAGGGUUGGGCUCGCAGGUAUUGAGAGGCCCCGAUCGAGCCUCUAUCGGCCACAAUGCAGCCAGCGACUUCACUCGUAGGAAGGGUUGGAGCGCAAGAGUCGUUGAGGAGUUGCUCGACAUGGUCCAUGUGCUCGACGAUGAGGCCAGAUUUCUGUACGCGACACCUGGCAUCUUUCAAAUGACUGGAUGGCGUGCCGAAGAGCUGCGCGGCAUGCCUCUUUGGAAUUACGUCCACCCUGAAGACGUUGAGGACGUCAAGCGUGAAUUUGCCCGCAUGUCGACGGAGAAGGCGGACAUGACGUGCUACUACCGUUUUCGGCGGAAACCCCAGACGGCAGCCGACAAGCGCCAGAAGCGCGCGGACAUCGAGCUCGCCACAGCUGCGGGUGACUCGCCGUCAACAUCAGGUGUAGAUUCCCAAGGCGAUUCAUCCUCUGCAGAGCCUGGUUCACAACGCGGGCCAAAUCGAGCACGAAGAGGCGCAUCGAAUACUGGUAGCCCUGAUGAAGACGAUACCGAGGAACACUGGGAGGUUUUUGAGACCACCGGACAUGCGUAUGUUCCUCCGAAACCUCUGCAACUUGAUGCCAAUGGCGAGCUUGAUCACGACGAGAUUGACAAGAUGCUCACAGACAAUGCAGGCGGGGACGGCGCCAUGUCUGAGACGAACGAAGGGAAAAAGGCCGGCGAUGGCGUGCAGGAGUCCCCGUCCAGCUCCAGCAAAGUCAAGCACUAUUUCUGCUCUGCCAGAGUCUAUCCCACCAAGAACGUGGCGAUGUUGGACUCGUUCUUGGAGCUCAAGUUGGAGAAUGAGCGGUUGCGUCUCUUGCUAGCAGACAUGGAUCUCAAAGACGGGGAACGCAUGGCGCGGCGAUCGUCUUCGCGGUACAACGCAAGUGAUGGGCACCUCGAUGAGCGCAAGAGUGGGACCGAUGGGCAAUCCCAAGGCCGCGCUUCUUUGGACGAUGCUGCGUAUCAUCCCGACUUCUUCUACAAAGCGGAACUUGAAGCUGCGGCGGACCACAGGCGCGAGAGCGCCAGCUCGAUGAACGGCGCAGCUUGGCGGAGAGAGAGCGGAAGCGAUCUUGCUAGUCACAAGUCUCAGCCUACCAGCCCUCCGCUGGGAUCGAACACGAUUGGCAACACACCUUCUUCCACCAUGCAGCGCACUUUGACGUCUGGUACAGGCGUUGCUGAAGAAAGCGAGGAGGAUGACGACGGCGAUCUGGACGGGACAGAGGAUGGCAGCAGGAAAAAGAAGAAACCCAAAGGCGAUGAGGGCGACUAUGUGUGCACAGAUUGCGGGCGGAUCGAUUCUCCUGAGUGGCGAAAAGGACCACUGGGACCCAAAACCCUUUGCAAUGCCUGCGGCCUUCGAUGGGCCAAAAAGGUGAAGCGCAGCGGAGGAGACCCCACCGCUAUCUCCAACGCUGCGGCCAAGACCCCUUCCAAGAAGUCGCAAGCUGCUGCAGCAAGGGCCGCGGCUCACGCUCAUCGUCACGCGCACCAGAGCACAGGCAUUGAUAUAGGGAUGGGCGUCUUGAUGGGACAGGCCUCUCAGACAGCACACGCUGCGAUGAAUCAGAUGCCUGCUUUUAUGCAGGAUCACUCUUCUCAACACCUUUCGACGAUACAACAACACGACAUGUCACCUCAGCACGGAAAUGACCUUAUGAACGCGCACCACUGAUAACCACUUGCAUCGCCGGCCUCCUCCUCGACCUUCGACACCUCCGACUCUUCCAGCGAAGCCUGUAAUAUUUGUACGGAUGCACGCAUUGUGGAC